GCCGCCGCCGCCGCCGCCGCCGCCGCCGCCCCGGGCAUGUCGUCCAACUGCACCAGCACCACGGCGGUGGCGGUGGCGCCGCUCAGCGCCAGCAAGACCAAGACGAAGAAGAAGCAUUUCGUGUGCCAGAAAGUGAAGCUAUUCCGGGCCAGCGAGCCGAUCCUCAGCGUCCUGAUGUGGGGGGUGAACCACACGAUCAAUGAGCUGAGCAAUGUCCCUGUCCCUGUCAUGCUAAUGCCAGAUGACUUCAAAGCGUACAGCAAGAUCAAGGUGGACAAUCAUCUCUUCAAUAAGGAGAACCUCCCCAGUCGCUUUAAGUUUAAGGAGUACUGCCCCAUGGUGUUCCGAAAUCUCCGGGAGAGGUUUGGGAUUGAUGAUCAGGAUUACCAGAAUUCAGUGACACGCAGCGCCCCCAUCAACAGUGACAGCCAGGGCCGAUGUGGCACACGUUUUCUCACCACCUAUGACCGGCGCUUUGUCAUCAAGACUGUGUCAAGUGAGGAUGUGGCUGAGAUGCACAACAUCUUAAAGAAAUACCACCAGUUCAUAGUGGAGUGUCAUGGCAACACCCUUUUGCCCCAGUUCCUGGGCAUGUACCGCCUGACCGUGGAUGGCGUGGAAACCUACAUGGUGGUCACCAGGAAUGUGUUCAGCCACCGGCUCACUGUACACCGCAAGUAUGACCUCAAGGGUUCCACUGUUGCCAGAGAAGCGAGUGACAAGGAGAAGGCCAAGGACUUGCCGACAUUCAAAGACAAUGACUUCCUCAAUGAAGGGCAGAAGCUGCAUGUGGGAGAGGAGAGUAAAAAGAACUUCCUGGAAAAACUGAAACGGGAUGUAGAGUUCCUGGCCCAGCUGAAGAUCAUGGACUACAGCCUGCUAGUGGGCAUCCAUGACGUGGACCGGGCCGAGCAGGAGGAGAUGGAGGUGGAGGAGCGGGCAGAGGACGAGGAGUGUGAGAAUGACGGGAUGGGCGGCAACCUGCUCUGCUCCUAUGGCACGCCUCCAGAUAGCCCUGGCAACCUCCUCAGCUUUCCCCGGUUCUUUGGUCCUGGGGAAUUCGAUCCCUCUGUUGAUGUCUAUGCCAUGAAAAGCCAUGAAAGUGCCCCCAAGAAGGAGGUCUAUUUCAUGGCCAUCAUCGAUAUCCUCACGCCGUAUGAUGCUAAGAAGAAAGCUGCACAUGCUGCCAAAACGGUGAAACAUGGGGCGGGGGCCGAGAUCUCGACUGUGAACCCUGAGCAGUACUCCAAACGCUUCAACGAGUUCAUGUCCAACAUCCUGACAUAGUUACCUUCCACCUUCAGCCAGAGCCAGAGAGCUGGAUGUGGGGUCGGGCUUGGAAGAGGGAGAAGGUGUAUUUGGGCUGGAUGGGAGGGUG